AUGUCUGAUAAGGGGGAGAAAUUGACGGGUGGAGAGCAAAGCGAAUACGUAUGUACAACCAUACCAAUUCAAUCGUUGCAUGAUAUGGAUUGGAUGACCAAUCACCAAAUAGAAAGGGUUUUGGAAUAUAAAAUUCCAAAAGUGGUAGCUCAUAAAGAUGAUUCAAGUUAUCAUCAACUAUACCAUAGAUGUUGUGAAAUUAAUUUGAUUGUCGAUGGUGAUGAUGAUGAUGUGAUUAAAGAAUAUGUUACAAAGUGUUUAAAAUUACGUGUCGGUACAGAAUUUAAAAGAGAUAGAGAGUUUUGA